AUGAAUGUUCAAGAAAGAUCUUUCUACCGCCCUACACAAUUUUCUGAUCAGUCACAAUUUAGCACAUCAUCAACGCUUGAGAAAUAUCAACAAGCCAAUAAUGUAUUAUUUUCAUUAGAAAAUAGUGAAAUUAUAGAAGGAAAUAUUAAUACUAAUUCAAAAACAUUUACUAGUUUUGAACACCAUAUCAUGUAUCCACUUUUAUUAAAACUUAUAGAUCAUAGAGAUAGUCUAUAUUUUAAUACGGAUUUAAACGAAAUAUUGUCUCGUACCGAAGAGUUAUCUGCUGAAUUAACUAAAAUUAGUAAUAUAAGCGAUAUAAAUAUGAAUUCAGAUUUAGACAAUGAUAUUCGAUCUUGUAUAUCAACUGUAAUAUAUCAGAUUGUAGAAAUAUGUAAUAAGGAAGAAGAUUUUAGAAAUGAUCUUGUUGAAAUAAAAAAUGAUAUGAUUGAGAAUAUUUCUUCGCAAAAAGGGUUAUCAUAUUCUUCUAUCAGUAAUGUUAUUUCUUAUGAUAAUGAACCGAGUAAAGAAAUACCAACACACAACCAUUUUUUUGAAUCGGGAAAAUCCAAGAAUAUUCGUCAGAACAUGGAUCCAAUGGCAGUAUUAUGGUUUAUUAAAUACUUAAUUGAUCAUAAACUAGAAAAACCAAAUAAAAAGCAUCGUUUUCUACUUUCACUUUGGACGAAUGUUCCAGAACAUGACAUUGACCGAUGGUUUAUAAGGACGAUGAGCAAUUACGUAAAGAAAUUAAAUGACGCUGAGAAAGCUAGAGAGAAAUUAAAAGAACGCGCAAUUAAUACUACACGACAAUUACGAAAACCAAAUUCGUUAAAAACAAAUAGUGAGUCCCGACAAGUUAUUCCGCAAAGAAAUUCGCCUUACAAAAGACCUACUCGAGGUAGAAAGGAAAAAAUUAAACAAUGA